AGAAUAGUGUUUGGACAUGUCUGAUGGAGAGCUACGUAUAACAAACCAGUACUUUGACUCCGAAUUGUUUUUGAACUGCUACAGCAGAAGUAUCAAACCAAUAUUUUGUCGAAUUGUUUAAAUUGCUGUAGCAGAAUAGACUCCGGCAUCGCGAAUCUGGCAAUAGUUUUGUCGAAACUAGAUUUCGGCAAUAAUAAAAGGGGGUGGAAACCAGCUGCAUGAGGCCAAGGAGUGCGCCAAAAAGACAGAAAGAGUUAAGGGACCGAAUCGCCCAGCUCCAGGAUUCAAACUUUGAGCUGAGUGGUUCAUCAAAAGCGCAAGCCACCAGAAUGGCUCAGAUGGAAAAACAGAUUGAAGCCUUGAAAAAAGACAAAGCAGAACUGGCUGCAAAAAGGGACUCAGCCUUGAAAGAAGUUGAAGACCGUAAAAUCAAGUCUCAAGCUCAGUUUGACGUCCUGGUUGGUAAGAUCAAGAGGCUUGAAGGAGCAAGAGAUGAAGUCGCCAAUGUCGCUACACCACUCAUCCAAGCCAUGUUCCUCAAUAACAGUGGUCCGAGUGCACUCGACGCAACCGAAAUAUUCGACAAGCUGAGUGUUGCUCCGGAUGUAUAUUUCAAGAAUAUCAAGAAAGCUGGAAGUAUGGGAGCUGGCAUGGCCUUGGCGAUGACAAAAUCCUUGUACCCGAGAAUUGAAGUCGACACCAUUGAUGGAUUUGCAGACGGGACAAGUGAAGAAGCUGCUCUUGAUCUUAUCAGCAGUGCGCAAAAUGCAGCUGACAAAAUUGCGAGUGAUGUUGUAGAACAAUUUCGCAACAACGACCUCCAGCCGAGUAAUGAAGACUCUGAUGAUGAAAGGACUGAUUCUGACUUAGUUUGAAUGUAAUACAUGGAGGCUCAAUUUGUACAAUACUGGUGUAUUUAUGCUGUGCUUGAUGAUUCUUGCGAAGUUUUUGA